AUGACAUCGAACCCUCCAACAUCAGGCCUCGAACCUCAACCCCGAACUAGCCAAGCCGGAUCGCAGGGUCGGACAUCCAGCGGAAAGAAUUCGCCGUUGCCGUCCGCGCCUACUGCUGCUGCCCCUCGCUCGUACGCCAGCGCAACGAAAAAGUCGUUCUCGCAGGCCGCCACGAGCGAUUCGGCGAGUGCCCCUUCUGAUCUUUCUGCUGCCCAAGGGACCCAGCAUGGCCAGUCGCCUUCAACAUCUCAAGUGAAUGGUAAACCGACUAUGCAAAGCACUUCUAUCCCCGGUGCCGGUGGCCCUACCAUCGUCAACGGAAACACCGCAUCGAACGAUCAUGCCCGAAAACCCUCAGUGACAAUCAGCGCUGCUGGGGCCAGUGGCUUCAUUUCAAAUGGCGGCCCAAUCUCGGCUCGACAAAAUACUAUUCGUUUUGGUGCUGUCGAUUCGCAAAGCUCUCCAGCAAUGGGAGCUGCAGUUUUAGCAAAUCAGCAAUCCCUAGGCAUUGCUCCGAUGAACAAUCGUAUCACUUCGCCAGACUCUUCCCCUUCCCCGAUUCCGCAGACGCUCAGCGGAGGCCGCCAGCCGCCCUCUCACUUUCAGGGCCCUGGAAAUAUGGUGAAUUUCGGAAACUUUUCUGGAGACCAGAAUGACAUGAACAGAAACAUGCGACCUGGAUCACAAGGCCCUCCUCCUACUCACGCUCGCCGGGAAUCAGUUCACUCCUCACACGGAGAUAUGGGUGGCCAUGGAUUUCAAACUGGUCAACCACGUGGAGGAUACCAUCCACCAGGUGGCCGUGGAAGAAAUUUUAACCAGUCCCAGGCACCAUUUAGCUCUCCAGGCCCGAGCUAUAGAACCCCUCAUAACCAGAGAGGCAAUGCAAACAUGAAUCAUCUGCAAGGACGACAGCUCGGAAAUUUCCCAAGCUCCCCCCGUCAAACCACCCGUACUCCGGUUAUGGCGAAUGCGAACCCGGCGACUCCUCCAAUGUCCCACGUUAAUAUGGCAAACCCACCGAUGCAGGCACCACACUUUGCAUAUUCACAGAAUAUGGCACCUCAACAAGUAAAUCAACACCCUCCCAUUCGUUUCCCCAAAAAUCAUUCAUCAAGAAAUAAGCAAGGCAUUCGUCGUGAUCCCUUAGCUCCCCGAUAUAUCACUUCUAAACAUCAGAUCCCACCGUUUCCUGCUGCGUUAUCACCUAAAACUGGAAAUUUUGAACCGUAUCUAACAGUGUCUAAAACUCAGGGCUAUCCUCAACCGACCUAUGAUGCGAGUGGCUAUUAUUAUCAUCCGCAAUAUCAGUAUCCCAUGCCCAUGGCACAUAUACCUCCACCGUCACACCCACGGCCGCCCUUCAUCCCCCCCCAACCAUCCUUCGCACCAGGCACCUAUGGGGUUCAAAAUCACACGCCCGUCCAAAGCGUAUCGCUCUCUCGAUCAACGUCGCAAGUAUCGGCUAAUGAUCGCCCAUCAUCUAGCCUUAGCCAUGGACAGCAGCCGCCUGUCCCUGUCAAUCAGGGCCCUAGUCACACGCCGAAUAGGUCCACCAACAGCCCAGCUCCUCCCGCUGAGUUUGUCAUGCCAAGUAAGAAAUCCCAUGGUGUUACCAUUAAAAACCCAGAUGAUGGUUCCAUCGUGGCGUUCAAUAAGCCCGCCAGUUCUCCGGCUCCUCGUGCAACUCCUUCUCCAGUGAAGUUAGGUGCUACUCUAUCGUCAACUCCUCCUCCACGCGCCUCCAGCCGCGGAGGUCAAGAAUUAAAAACUGAUGCGCAGGAAAAGAUUCAAUCUUUCCAGGACAGCGUGCGCAUGGCAGCGGAGAAGGCGACUGGAGGAAAGAAAGAUUCGAAAUUAAGUGAUAGCAAGGACGAUGAGACUAGCAAAGAGCCUACCGAGACAGUUGAGACAGCCACUGAAGCUCCAAAAGAAGCUGAGCCCGUUGUUGAAAAGGCGCCUGAAAAGAAGGAAGGGCCUAAACCAGAACCUAAAGCCGAAGCUCCUCAAGAGGAUGAGAUUGAUUUCGAUGCUAUUGAACGAGAGCUUGCUGCCAAGGAAGCAGAGGAACUUGCCAAAGAGAAAGAGUACGAAGAGAAGAAACGGCGACAGAAGGAGGAAGCUGCACGGAAAGCUAAGGAGGAGGCUGAAGCUUACGAAGCAAACAUGAAGAAGGCUGAAGAGGCAGCAGAAGCAGCUGAGGCAGACAGACUUAAGAAGCUUGCUACUGAAGAAAGCGACAACACCAAGAAAGAGAAGGCAGAUGCCUUCGCAGCCCUCAAGCACAAAGAAGCCACAUCCACCGAGUCCCCUACUAUUGAGACACCUGCUGAAAGCGGUGCCGCUACGCCAGUUUCAGAUGUGUCAAUGGGCCCCCCGAAGACAGUCCCUGGAGGCAAGCGGGAGAAGCCUGCCGCCUUGAAACUUGAGACUAACAAGACUGUCGAGCCUCCGCAGCCGAGUGCUGCCCUGAAGUCCCUACAGACCGCCAGAUUUCUUGACGACCCAAGCAAAAUUUCUUAUCCAUCAUCUAUUGUGUCUCCUAACCCUGCUCUAAACACCAACGCCCCCGCGGAUCGUAAAUUCAAAUACAAUAAAGAAUUCUUGCUCCAAUUUCAAAAUGUAUUUAAGGAAAAGCCCUCGCUUGAUUGGGAUACCAAAGUACGAGAAACUGUGGGUGACACAUCUACAGAUUCGCGAGGUUCUGCACGAACUCCUGUCUCAGGAAGGAAUCCAUCUCGCCCUGGAAUUGCAACGAAUACAUUCGAGCGGAUGGGUAUGUUCCAAGGCGCUACACGAACGCAAACAAUGCCGUCAGGGGGUCAGGAUCGCUUCCCAAUUUCGGGCAUGCGCGGAGCAGGAGGUGCAGGCCUGAGUGGCAACUUUGGACAGUUUAGCCGUGGACCAGGUGGCUUGACCAUGGGCCCUCCUAUCAGUCGGACAAAUUCCUCCACUGCUCAGCAAAUACCUGGGUCUCCUCGCUCCGGCAGCCAUCGUGGUGGCCGCACUGCAAGCAAAGCUCAUAAAUCUGGCAAGAAGGAAGAAGAGGGUAACAAGACCAUGCCGCUUACAGCUGGUCUUAAGAUCGAACCGCUCGCCCCCUCUGGUUCUGGAUGGAAGCCUCGCAGUGCUGGUAAGGUUCAGAAUUUGGUUGGCCUAGAUGGGCAUCUUCCACCGGAUGUUGUACAGGGCAAAGUCAAGGCCAAUCUAAACAAGAUGACCCCUGAGAAAUUCGAUAAAAUCUCCGAGCAGAUUCUUGCCAUCGUUGCCCAAUCCAAGGACGAAUCGGAUGGCCGCACUCUAAGACAAGUCAUCCAACUUACAUUUGAAAAGGCUACCGACGAGGCACACUGGGCUCCACUUUACGCCAAAUUCUGUAUGCGCAUGCUUGAAAGCAUGAGCCCUGCUAUAAAGGAUGAGAACAUCAAAGACAAACAUGGCAAUGUUGUUUGCGGUGGAAGCCUUUUUAGGAAAUACCUUUUGAACCGUUGCCAGGAGGAAUUUGAGCGUGGCUGGUUGGUCAACCUUCCUGCGAAACCAGAGGGCACCACCGACGAGGCUGCCAUGCUGUCUGACGAAUACUACAUUGCCGCAGCUGCCAAGCGAAGAGGACUUGGUCUAGUCAAAUUUAUCGGUGAACUUUUCAAACUCAGCAUGCUUUCGGAUAGAAUUAUGCAUGAGUGUGUCAAAAAACUAGUUGACUACGAGGGCGUUCCGGAGGAGGCUGAAAUCGAAAGUUUGACGAGCUUAUUGCGCACCAUUGGUGCUACUUUGGACAAAUCAUCUGAUAAGGGCCACAUUAUGAUGAAUGCUUACUUCGAACGAAUCGACAAGAUGGUCCAGACACCAGCACUCCCAAGUCGAUUGCGAUUUAUGCUGAUGGACAUUAUUGAUUUACGAAAAGCCAACUGGCUUUCCAAGGACGCGGAUAAAGGUCCAAAGACAAUUCAAGAAAUUAGAGACGAUGCUGCCCGUGCCCAACUAGAGCAAGAAAUGGAACGAAAACGCCAACAGACUGGUAGGGGUAGCGGUGGUAUAGGACUUGGACGUGGGGAUGCACGGAAUUUCUCUGGCGGUUAUGGAAAUCAGCCCCCCUUGGAUUACGCCUCAAGUAAAGUUGGCAGUGAUGACCUUCGACGGCUGAAGGCACCCAGGGCAACAAACCAGCCAACCUCUUUUAGCCCGUCUAAUUUGCUUGGUUCGAGGAGCAGCAGUGGCCGCAGAACGAUCGGCCCCGGCGGAAACCUUGUUCGUGGAGGUGAAGACAGUGGAGCAAGCAGCCGGACCGGAACUCCUCCAGCAGGAAAGAAGGACGAUAAGGAGUCUGCAUCCUCCACAAAUGCAUUCAGUGCUCUGGCCGGGCUGGAUACUGGAGAUUCCCUUGCCACGUCGCCACCUUCAAACCCGUCAUCACCACAAAUAACAAAAUCUCGACCAGCUGUGGAAGCGCAGCAAGCAAAUGCCCCGGGGAAGGACGAUAGUGCAGGUGCUGCAUGA